GCCAGGCACGCGGCGGUCAACGAGCUCCGUGGUCGUUCGAAAGCAGCGCGGUGCAACGAAGGAAGCAGCCUCGGCUCAGCUAAAUUUACCGGGCAACAAGAACUUGACAGCUAGUGUCCCCCUCAGCCCCAAGAUGCAGUUAGGUCCUUCUGGCGGCGACUACGCGAGCCGCGCUGGGGCGCGGUCCAUGCGCACGGUUCCGCUGCUGUGGUGCCGGCAGCUGUUCGUGAUCCUGUGGAAGAACGUGUACUUGAAGCGCAUAUGCCGCCACUACGUGUUAACCGUGAUCGAGGUGGUGUUCAUGGUGGCCAUGCUCCUGGGCAUCCAGGAGGACUCGGUCGUCAGGGAGCCCCACGUGCAACGGGGUGCCACCGUGUACAGCCCCAUAGGGUACAGGGCCUUCUGGAACACGCAGGGCGACUUGGCUCGCAUAAACACGGUGUACUUCGCGCCCAGCAGCAACUACCUGUCCGCGCUCACUCGAGCCGCCUUUGCCGACUUGGGCGUCCACAAGGUCGUCGAGGUGCCCACGGAGCAGCAGUUACUCGAGCGCGUCCGCACCGACGCCAACAAGUCGCUGCCAGCCACCAGCGUGGCGCUGCUUUACGUUAACCACGUGGGCGUCGACGACACGCUGCCCGUCAGCUUGCACGUGACCCUGUUCGCGGGACGCCUGCCUUUCGACUUGCAGGUGCUGUACCAGCAGAGGCUCAUCUCUCAGCCCGAGGGACCCGUGGCCGAGGAGCGUUACCCCGAGAUGAACACCCUGUUGCCGGUGAUGGGGGCGCUGCAGCAGCGACACCUGCAGCUGCAGGCGGAGCGUUUCGGCUACCAACACCCGCUGGAAGAAGUGACGCUCAAUCGCUUUCCCUUUCCCUCCCACUUGGAGUACAAGGACACCAAGAACUACGCCCUGGUGCUCACCCGCUUCUGCAUCGGCAUCCUGGUGCCGUUCUCCCUGUUCGUCGCCCGCCUCGUGGAGGAGAAGGCGUCCGGCAUGAAGGAGAUGCUCCGGCUGAUGGGACUCAGCGACUGGGUCUACUGGUUGAGCCACUACCUGAGUGGCUUCUUCAUGCACCUCAUCACCGUCACCCUGAUGAUGCUCUUCGUGAGUGUUAACAGGAACGAACAGGGUCGCGCGUUCAUCCAGUUCAGCGAUCCGAUGCUGCUCUUCACCAUCCUCAUGUGCUUCUGCAGCAACUGCCAGAUGCACGCCAUACUGCUGUCCAUGUUCUUCAGCAGCUCCCAGUACGCCGUCGCUGGUGCCAUGAUCUACUGGACCUUUAGCUGCGUGAUGCCAUUCCUGACGCUGGAGCAAGCCGACGGCGAGGGCUACUACUACAUCCAGCGCCACCACAAGCUUUACACGUCCAUAUUUCCCGGGAUGAGUCUUCACUGGAGCUUCCGAGUCCUGGAGCGGUUCGAGAAGUUCGUCCACAACGGUGCGAACUGGGGCAACUUCUACGACCGCGCGGCCACGCCCGACAACAUAACGCUGGCUGAGAUCCUGUUCGUGGGCCUGCUCUGCGACUGCACCAUCAUAGUCUUGGUGUGGUACCUGGACAACGUGCUGCCCGUCGGACCGGGAAUCACCAAACCGUUCCUUUUCCCGUUCGAUCGGAGUUACUGGCUCCCGAGCCUUUCGGUCAUCGAACGCGCGACCAAGCCCGCUAAGGACACGCAAAACUUCGAGGACGAGCCGAAGGACCAACUGGCCGCCAUCGUGGUUUCCAAUCUUUGCAAGGACUACGAUGGAGUGGUGGCCGUGCAGGGCGUCGACCUGCGCAUUUUCGAGAACCAGAUCACUGUGCUCCUCGGCCACAACGGUGCAGGAAAGACGACGCUGCUGAACAUGAUCACAGGUUUCUUGGGCUGCACGUCGGGUGUCGUGCGCGUGGGUGGAUACGACGUCAGGACGUCCACCAGGGACGCGCGCGACAGCAUCGGAUAUUGCCCUCAGGAGAACAUUCUCAUAGACGACUUGACCGUCGAAGAGCAUCUCAUGUAUUUCGCCAUCAUCAAAGGCAUCCCGAUGAACAGGACGCGCCUCGAGACGGUCACCCUCCUGUACGACGUCGGGCUCAUGGAAUACCGCACAAUGCUCGCCUCGGAGCUCGCACCGGGGCUACAGCGACGGCUCUGCACUGCAAUGGCGAUCCUAGCCAUGCCCAAGGUCAUCAUUAUGGACGAGCCGACGUCGAACAUGGACCCGGACGGUCGCCGUGAGAUGUGGGAGUUGCUGCUCAAGAUUCGGCGCAGCUGCUCGAUCUUCCUCACUACGCAGCACCUGGACGAAGCUGACGUGCUCGGAGACCGCAUCGUCAUCAUGGCCAACGGACAGAUCAGGUGUGGGGGCUCGCCCAUGUUCCUGAAGCAGCGUUUCGGUACCGGCUACCACAUGAAGGUCCACAAGCUCCGUAGGUGCAACGUGAGGGCGGUUCAGGAUCUGCUGCGCAAUUACGCGCCGAAAGCUCGGCUGCAGAGCGACUCGGACAACGAGGCAGUUUUCAUCCUGGGACAAAUCAUCAGCACCCGCAAGACCGCCGCCAUGUUCAUGGACAUCGAGCAGCGCAGCGCGGAUCUGGGCAUCGCGUCGGUGGGCCUGACCGUGACCUCCCUGGAGGACGUGCUUGUGAGCGUGGGUGAGGACCAGCACGUUCACGGCAAGCUUACAACCGUCGACAACGAGGACUCACUUGCAAUCGACGCCAACAUGCCCAUGGUGAGGACGCUGGCGAGCCCGAGGGCCAUCGAGCCUUCGCUAUUGGGCUGCGUCUGGGCCGUGGUCUUGAAGCGGGCUACGUACGUGUGGCGCCAGAAAAAGGUGCCACUCUUCAGCUGGAUGCUUCCGCCGCUACUCCUGUCGCUGCUCUUCUUCCUCGAGUACGUGAGCCUGCGCGGCAGCGGACACAACGUCGAGCACGUCGGCGACACUGUCAGCUACACAUUCCCUGAAGUGAUGGGACAGGCCCAGGGAUUUUUCGUGGUGGACAAGGACGAGGCAUUCAACGAGCAGUGGUUGCACCCGCUGGUUCUGAAUCCGGAGCAAUUCUACAUCGAGAAUUUGGACCCGGAGACGGACAUCACGGAGUCUCUGCUCAGUGUGGCGAAGGAGAUGCUGCGGAAGUACGUCUUCAAUAUCCACUUCGGCGUGCAGAUGACCCAGAAGGCAGGGAACGUGCUCUGGUACAACGGCCAGAUACAGCACGCGGCACCGCUGGUGCUGAGGCUGUACAACACGGCCCGGCUGCGCAACGUCACAAAGAUGGCCACGGCCGAGUUCAGAUUCGACGUGACGUCGCGCGGCUCGGAAGACGUGAACGUGACGGAGGGCGGCCGUCGGGACCACGCGUACAGCGCCGCCAGUGGUGGCAGCGAGUACCGCACGGUGCUGCCGAAGGUCUUGCGGUCCAUCUUCUUCCCGCUCGUGUCUAGCCUCAUGUGCAGCAACUUUGUGAUCUUCCCGACAUCCGAGAGGGCGCUUGGGGUCAAGCACCUGCAUAUGAUCGCUGGCAUGAGCCCACUGCUCUACUGGCUGACAAACUUCGCCUUCGACUUCAUGUUCUACAUGGGAACCGCCAUGAUCGUGCUGCUUCCACUGCCGCUCGUUCCCUACACUACGCUCGACGCCGAAGACUACAAACUGAUAUUUGUGCUGAACCUGCUUCACGGCUACGCCGCCCUUCCGGUAGUUUACAUCAGCUCCUUUUUGUACGGCGACCCUGGCUCGGCGUACUCGACGCUCGUCAUUGUCAAGUUCAUCAUGUCGUCGGCGGGCUGCCUGGGCUCGGUGUUCUUGGAGCACCACUUCGUCGACGAUGCGAGUAGCUCUGCGCUCGCCACGAUCCUCCACGGGGCGCUGCAGAUACUGCGGCUGCUGCCGACGUACUCGUACUCGAGGGGCAUGACCAAGAUCAUGCAGCUGGCCAGAGAGAACGGCCUCUGUCGAGCGGGAGGCAUGCUGUUGGAGAGCCGCUGCCAGACCAAGGAGAACCAUGCCCGGCUGUCGCUGAUGCGAUGCUGCAUGCACAUGGACUCUCCGGACCCUUCCGAGUACAUGAUCCAUCCGUUGGACGUCCAUCCAUACUCGGCCUUCUACGAGUUUCUCACUCUAUCGGUGGAGGGUCUGGCACUGUUCGUGCUGUUGCUGUGCCUCGAGUCGUGGCUCCGCAGGCUGGACCGGUCCUUCAGCUCGCCGGACCCUUCCGCCUACCACGAGGGCGCCAUGUUGCGCAAGCGCUCCACGGGUGGCAUCGCGCAGGGCCUGGCGCUGGAGAAAAAGGAGGGGGACAUGGAUGUGGUGCUUGAGAAUCAGCUGGUGGCGGUCCUGGCAAAGAGUGACCUGCUGGCCACCUCAUCGCGCCCGUUCAUGAUAGUGAAUCGCCUCUACAAGGCCUACGGCUACAUCGAAAGCGUUCCUGUGCUUCAGGGGCUGACCUUCACCGUGCGGGCCGGUGAGUGUUUCGGCCUGCUCGGUGUCAACGGUGCGGGAAAGACAACCACCUUCCGCCUGCUCACGGGUGAAAUUCUGCCGCACCAUGGCGACGCGGUCAUUUCCAACUUCUCCAUCGUCCGCGAGAGGCAGAAGUGUUGGCGGUACAUAGGCUACUGUCCGCAAAGAGACGGUCUGCUGGACAUGCUGACGGGUGUCGAGACACUGCGGCUCUUCGGACGUCUCCGAGGAGUUCCCAUGACAAGAGAGUACCUGAGAGUGCUGCUGUAUGUCUUCCGGCUGCAGGAGAUAGCCGACUACCUCGUCGGCACGUACAGUGCUGGAAACCGACGAAAGCUCUCUAUCUGCAUCUCGAUGAUCGGUUUGCCCCGGAUUUUACUGCUGGACGAACCGUAUGCUACAAUCUCCACGACUGCGCGAAAGCGCAUCGUGAACUACAUCAGCGCGCUCCAGCGAGUCAGCAAAAUGUCCAUACUGCUGAGUUCUCACUGCCUGUCGGACGUCGAGUUCCUCUGCAACCGAAUCGCCAUCAUGGACUCUGGGAAACUGCAGUGCCUUGGCACGCUGGGUCAGCUGAAAGAGAAGUUCGGCAAAGGGUACACCAUUACUGUCAAGACGUACCCCGACAAGAAGCAGGACUUCUCCUACCAGCAGGACGUGGUCAGCGAAGUGUGCAAGGUCUUCCCGGAAGCCGAGAUGGCAUACAGUUACGAGGGCCUGCUGGAGUUUCGGAUGUCGCGGGUCGACAUGUUGUGGAGCGAGAUGUUCAUGCGCAUGGCGCGCAUCAAGCGGCGCCACAAGCUCCAGGACUUCUUCAUAGCGGACGCGUCGCUGGAACAGAUCUUCCUGAGCGUGACACGCAAGGAGGCCAGCGAGGCAGCCGCAGCCGCCGCCGUGGUCCAAUCUCCGAGCGCCGUCCCGCCCAUCAUGGCGAACCCGCUAGGACUGUGAACCCGGCAUUCGCAGGUUCCGUAAACUUGCAAUACGAAGGCGCCUCUCAUGGAAGCGCUCUCUCCGCACUCUUAUAAAGAGACAACGAUAGGAGGAGGCCGCUGCUGUGUGCUCUUCUUUCUUUCAGUGGUCAAGGAGUAAUUAAAUAAGAUGAAACGGA